GAUCUGCUGCUUCUGGAGCUGGAGCUGGAGAGCAAACGCAGGGCUCGGGAGAGGAGGAAGAAACAGAGGCUGAUGGAGGCGCAGACGCACCGAGGAACCAUCAGAGCUGUGAUGAUGAAUGAUAAUCCGCAAACGGAAGACCUAGAUGAGAGGAAUCUCUUCUCCAGAGGUUCACAUCGUCUCCCGGAGCUGAGACUUGUUCUGCUGGGAGAGAGGGAGACGGGAAAAAGCUCUGCCGGGAACGCCGUCCUCGGUGGAGCGGAAUACUUUCAAAGCGGAGAGGCCACUGAGGAGUGUUCGAGACAACAGACGGAGGUUUCUAACAGACUGGUGACGGUGGUGGAUGUGCCCGGAUGGGAGGGUGAACCUGGAGGAUUAACUCCAGAGAGAGUGAAGCGAGAGAUUGGACUUAGCGUCACGCUUUGUCCUCCUGGACCUCAUGCAUUUCUACUGGCACUGAGAGUGGACGCAAUCAUCCAAGCGCAGGCGGUGCGGGAGCACUUGGAGCUUUUGGGAGAGGCAGUUUGGAGACACACCAUUCUUUUGUUCACGAGAGGUGACCAGCUACGAGAGGGAGUCAGCAUCGAGCAGCACAUCCAAGGAGGAGGAAAGGAUCUUCGCUGGUUGGUGGAACGAUGUUCAAACAGAUUUCACGUUAUCAGCAGCAUCGCUUGCUUGGAAUCUCGGAAUUCCAAAACUCAGAUCACGGAACUUCUGGAGAAGAUUGAGAAGAUGGUGGCGGCAAAUCGCUGCGAGGCAUUCUCGCCACUGGUGCAUGAGAUUCUAGAGUUAGGAAAACUAAAGAAUGAGAAAUUCCAGCUGAAGGUCAAGGAGUUCAGUGAUAAGCUUCAACGGCAGGAGGAGGAACUGAAGAAGAUGAAGGAACGAGAGGUCAAGAGCAUUCGGUGGUUUUUCGAGAGACGCAAAAAAGACAAAGUGCAAUCUCCAGGGAAGGCUGAGAGGGAAGAGGCGCCGUAUCGAGGUGAAGAUGACAGGAGAAGCGUGAUGGGCGAGCUGGAAGAGAGGAUGGUGUGGUUGACCGAAGACAAGGAGAGAGAGUUACAAGAGCUGAGCACAGAAAUGAGCAAAGUCACGGUGAAGCUCCAUCAGGGACAUAAAGAGAAAGAGCAACUGCUGAUGAGAUUAAAGGAACGAGAGCGAGAGGGAGAAGAACUUAAAGAAAAAGUGGAGGAGCUUCAGAUGAAGCUGCUGGAAAUGGAGAGCAUGGGUGCCGUCAAAGAGCAAGAGAGGAAAGAGAAAGAGGCUGAGAUUCAGCACGCACACUUGCACGAGAAGAAUGAACUUCAAAACAAACUGCUGGAAGCUGAGAAAGAGAAUGACAGGAUGAGAGGAAAGGUUGAAGAAACUGAAAAAGAGAUGGAUGCAUCACAGCGUAGGUAUGAAGAAGAGGUUGUCUGGCAUAAGCAAGAGAUGGAGAAGAAACUGAAAGAAAGAGACAAUGAAGCUGAAAACAUCUUAAGAGAAAUCGAGAGGGUGAAACUGAACGCUGAGAGCAGAGAAAGAGAACAAAGAGAGAGAUUCAGUGAACAAGUAGAGAAGAGAGAGAAAGAGAUGGACAAGCUGAGAGAGGUGAUAGAGAUGAUGACCAAAGAGAUGGAGCAGCUUCGUAUGUCCUAUCAGGAGCAAGUGAAAACAACAGAAGCUGAGAGAGAAAUGCACAGAGGAACCGUUGAGAAAUACAACACACUCAUUGAUAAACUGGUGGGUAAAGAUGAGGAAAUAGAGCGAACGAUGAGAGAAAAAGAAAAGGAGCUGCAUCGAAAUGCUGAAACGCAAGAGAAACUUCAGCAAAAAGAUGAGGAAAUAAUCAAACUAAGACAAAGAGAUCAGGAAAAGUGCAAGAAAUUGAGACACUGA